GGAUAGGUUAGAAUUAAAUAGGAGCCUUAUAACCCUAUGAGUAUCUUCACGGAUUAAGAAAACAAUAUCAAUUUCGGCAAAUUGCGGGUCCCUCUAUUCGGAGUUUAGCACAGCGCAAGACUGAGUGGGCUGACAAUGCUGGUGGCUCUUCUAUAAAAUUAAAGAAACUGGCUAUGUCGGGCCAAUAUCGCCGCGGUAAAUACGAGCUCCCCUUUAAGUUGAACCACGAAUUACAGUAAACGCAUGCAAAUUUCGCAUAGCGCGGUACAGGCCGUGCGUUCGUCAAGAAUCUAUCAGUUGAACACUCCCGCGCACUUUCACCCUCAUAGUGAGCACAUAUUCGUGUUCGGUUCAAGGAGGACUGCCAUGCUUCGUGCUAAGGUGCAACCGAAGAUCAUGGAGCAUUAUCAGAUCAGAUAGAUGAAUCACAUUCGCCAUUGCUUGCUGCUUGUGGGACUUCUGAGCAGAUCUAGCAAGUACUCUGUACCCAAUCAAGUCUAAGCGGCUGGAAGACCCGCUGCAAUGUUAACAUCGUCC